GUGAGCAUUGCUUCCCCGCCAGCCGGCUUUUCUAGUACUCGGUGACCGUGGCGGCGGCGGCGGCGGCGGCGGCGGCGGCGGCGGCGGCGGCUAAAAGGCGAGCCCUGGGUGAGCGAAAGCCCGCGGAACAGAGGAGCAUCGCGGAGCAGAGAAGCAUCCCAGCCUCCUGGUCCCAGGCGGCGUGGCCCAAGGGUCAUGGCCAAAGGAGAGGGAGCCGAGAGCGGCUCCGCCGCGGGGCUGCUGCCCACGAGCAUACUCCAAGCCGGCGAACGCCCGGCCCAGGUGAAGAAGGAACCAAAGAAGAAACAACAGUUGUCCGUUUGCAACAAGCUUUGCUAUGCAGUUGGGGGGGCCCCCUACCAGGUGACGGGAUGUGCCCUGGGGUUCUUCCUGCAGAUCUACCUGUUGGAUGUAGCUCAGGUGGACCCUUUCUCUGCCUCUAUCAUCCUAUUUGUGGGCCGCGCUUGGGAUGCCAUCACAGACCCGCUGGUGGGCUUCUGCAUUAGCAAAUCUCCCUGGACCCGCCUAGGCCGCCUCAUGCCCUGGAUCAUAUUCUCCACCCCCCUGGCCAUCAUUGCCUACUUCCUCAUCUGGUUCGUGCCUGACUUCCAACAGGGCCAGGCCCUGUGGUACUUGCUUUUCUACUGCCUCUUUGAGACGCUGGUCACGUGUUUCCACGUUCCCUACUCAGCUCUCACCAUGUUCAUCAGCACAGAGCAGAGUGAGCGGGAUUCUGCCACCGCGUAUCGGAUGACGGUGGAGGUAUUAGGCACAGUGCUGGGCACCGCAAUCCAGGGGCAGAUUGUGGGCCAAGCAGAUACACCUUGUCUCCAGGACCCCAAUGCUUCUACAGCAACCUUGGAAGGUGCCAAUCACACGCAUAGCACCACCUCACUCAAAGAAACGCAAAACGCAUACCUGCUGGCAGCAGGGGUCAUUGCCUCCAUCUAUGUCAUCUGCGCCAUCAUCCUGAUCCUGGGCGUGCGGGAGCAGAGAGAACCCUACGAGACUCAGCAGGCCAAGCCAAUGUCUUUCUUUCGGGGCCUCCGGUUGGUCAUGACCCAUGGCCCGUACAUCAAGCUUAUUGCUGGCUUCCUCUUCACCUCCUUGGCUUUCAUGCUGGUAGAGGGAAACUUCGCCCUGUUUUGCACUUACACCUUGGGCUUCCGCAACGAAUUCCAGAAUCUGCUCCUGGCCAUCAUGCUCUCAGCCACAGUCACCAUUCCCAUCUGGCAGUGGUUCCUAACCCGGUUUGGCAAGAAGAUGGCUGUGUACAUUGGGAUCUCAUCAGCAGUGCCAUUUCUCAUCUUGGUGGCUCUCAUGGAGAGUAACCUGAUCGUCACAUACGUGGUAGCUGUGGCAGCCGGCAUCAGUGUAGCAGCCGCCUUUUUACUACCCUGGUCCAUGCUGCCGGAUGUCAUUGACGACUUCCACUUGAAGCAGCCCCACAUCCAUGGGACUGAGCCCAUCUUCUUCUCCUUCUACGUCUUCUUCACCAAGUUUGCCUCCGGAGUCUCUCUGGGCAUCUCCACUCUCAGUCUGGACUUCACUGGGUACCAGACCCGUUCCUGCUCCCAGCCGGCACGUGUCAAGUUUACGCUGAAGAUGCUCGUGACCAUGGCUCCCAUAGUCCUCAUCCUGCUAGGCCUGCUGCUGUUCAAGCUGUACCCCAUCGAUGAGGAGAAGCGGCGGCAGAAUAAGAAGGCCCUGCAGGCUCUGAGGGAAGAGGCCAGCAGCUCGGGCUGCUCUGAAACAGACUCCACAGAGCUGGCCAGCAUCCUCUAGGGCCUGCUGGGUGGUCCGAAGCCACCACGCCCAGGGCCUGAGUCACCAGGCUUGCUCACCUGCUCACUGAACAGCUGGUCUCCAGAUGCCAGGAGGGAAGCCAAAGACUUGAGAGUAGGUGACCCAGGACACCUCUUGUGCCCAUUGUGGGGCGGGUCGUUCAGACAGCAGGCUGCCUUCCCCUGCCCGCCCAGGGGCCAAGCCCAGAGACUGCUACUGUGAAUAUGCCAAGGACUGACCGGGCCUAGCCCGGAACACUAAUGUAGAAACGUUUUAUACAGAGACUAAUUAAUAACUUAAUGACCAUGUACAUAAGCAAUGUGUGUGUAUGUAUAUGUCUGUGAGCUAUUAAUGUUAUUAAUUUUCAUAAAAGCUGGAAAACGGAGCUGCCUGUU